AUGUCUUUUCAGGAUGACGUAUCCGCGUCUACCAGUGAAGGAGCUGCUUACCCGUGGAUUCUCGAACAUUUAUUGGCGUAUCCUGGGAGCUAUGAAAUACCACUUCGAACCAUGUACACCCUGAAUGCCACUACUCAAGCUCCACAACCACAAAAUCCGUCGAGCCCUACGUCUUCUUCCUCAAGCUCGGUAGUAGGCAAUGCGUUUCCCGCACAACAGAAAGAUGAACAACACAACCUGACAACUGCUACGGCGGCUGCACAGCUGCGAGCAAAUCUCAUGUCCCAUAUCUCUCAAAUCCCCUCGCAACCAUGUUCCCUACCACCAAGCUUUGUUACCAGCUUCGUACGCAGAUGCUUCCCACCAGAUUUGGACCAGGUCGAUUUUCCCCAAGCGUUGACAGCGCUAGACUACCUGAAGGAUUUGGAGAUUCGAAGAAGACGAGAGGUCGUGGCUGCUCUCGACAGACUCGGGAUUGACCGAGCUGAUUUUGGCGAGCGGUCCGUCCUCGGGCGUAAAUACCCCGGUGUCCUACGAUGGGUGGUUGAUAUCGAGGACAAGGAGAGAAAGGUUGAGGCACUCUACACGCAAGUGUUCUUGGGUCUCAGGCGAUGGACCCUGGUUAAUGAACUCUCUCUUCUACCUUUCAACAAAGCCAACUGCAUUGCCAUGUUGAAUACUGUUUACCCACCAGCCAUGAUACCAAACAUUCAGUCUGUACAGCCGACACAUCAGCUCACACCUGCGAUCCUGUCUGCGCAACGAAACGGAUUCUUUCGUUACAUCACUGCCGUGGAGAAGAAUGGUACUGCCGUACUCAAAUGUCUCAUCAAUCAAGGUCGGCGAGCAGGCGAGGAGACUGGCUGGCCUUCAGUGCGGGAGACCAUGGACAAGUAUCUGCGCAUGGCGAGUGGCAUCAUUGACGAGUGUUUUGAAAUCACAGGCAAAGACAGUGUCCAGACACCAGUCUCAUCGACUCAUAGUGGGACAGAAAACGAGGAUGAGAAACAACGACGAAAAGUUGACUCUGGCAUCUCUUUCACAAGCUCAUCGAACAGAGGUUCCCUACAAAGUCAUCAGACCAGGCCAAGCACCAGCAGCAGCAUCAACACUCACAGCAGAAAUCAAUCGGUCGAUAAGCCUCUUCCCCCUUAUCCACAGCAGACGGUUCACAAGCCCGCAGGGUCGACGCUCGAACGUAUUGCUCGAGAAAUUCGAAAAAUAAGAUCCAGGGGUGAUGUUUUGGAUGGUGCCAAGUCCAAGCCAAAUACUGCGGUGGCAGCUGAUGUCUCUGUGGCAGAUGCAGAUGCAGGCCCACCACGGACACCCGGCAAAGACAGAAAGUUGCGGUUAAGACCAAGCUUGAUGAAGAUGCGAUCCAAUAAUGCACUGCGAGAGAAAGAUGGCAACUCCGCAGGAAGCAGACCAGUGUCCAGAGAUGAUGGUCCAAUUGAGGUGGAGGCACCCAGCUUUGAUGUGGAAGAGAUGAAGCGGAAUAGGAUGGUUUGGGAGGCUCAGCAGAAGAGAAAAGGCUCGAGGGAUAAGGUUGUGUUUAUGGAUGUGGAUAGAUGA